AUGCCAUUUUUCUAUUCAGCUAUAUUAAAAUUAAAAACACACAUUGACUUAAGUUAUACAAGCAAUGAGGCAAACAUAUGUAUACCAGACAAACCUGCUUCUCCAGACCAAACGUGUAAUAUUGUUGGCUGGGGAUUCUUGAAGCACAAUGGCGUACAACCUGAGGUACUUCAAAAAGCUGAAGUACCGAUCGUAUCAAACAACGUAUGUAACGAGCCUGAAGCUUACAAUAAAGUAAUCAAGGAAGAUUAUUUGUUAUGCGCUGGUUAUAAAAAUGGAAAAAGUGACUCGUGCAAUUAUGACAGUGGAGGUUCUUUGGCAUGUUUAAAAGACGGUAUGUUGAUGCCUAUAUCAAGUGAGAAUGCUUUGCGAAAAAUUGCAUUAAUUAGAGCUUGCCAGCAAUGA